AUGGGGGCUGGCAUAUCGCGUGCGAAGAAUAAGUCCGGCAGGAAUCAACAAGGGCGCCUGUUGCCGUCGCCUGCUGCACACACUCCGAGUGUUGGUGCGUCAAAGCAGCCUCAAGCAGCCCCCUUGUCUUCUUCUCCUGAGCGUUGCGUCGCUCUCUACCACAGGGAUGGUGUAGAAAAGGAGAAGGAACAGGUUCCAAACAGGCUGCGGACCCUCAGGGCCCCUGGGGGCCAGACUGGGGGGCAGCCUGGGGGACCCUCAAGCCGCAGGGCCAGAGGGAACCUGCCCCGUCCCCAUACCCAAAGCGGUGAUCAGAGCGCUGAGGCGGUGGACGAGGUGCAGAGCACAAGUGUGAUAGAAGCGCCUCUGUCUCCUGCUUCUGUGAAGGAGAGUAAAGACACUGCAGUAAGCCCUGCCAGAUCGGACUUCAGCAUCAACAGAUCCAACUUUAUUCUUGAGAAUGCCGGGAAAAUACAAACGCUCUACGACAUCGAACCAACGACACUCGGGUCGGGCACGUACGGGAGCGUCUCCAGGGCUAUUCGUCGUUCCACUGGCAUGCAGCGCGCGGUGAAGACCAUCAGCAAAUCACAAGUGAAGAGCAUCGAACGGUUCAGGAGAGAAAUCGAUAUCAUGAAAAGCCUCGACCACCCGAAUGUCGUCAAACUUUUUGAGACAUUUGAAGACCACAGAAAUAUUUAUCUCGUCAUGGAGUUAUGUGAGGGGGGGGAAUUGUUUGAUCGCAUAAUAGCGGAGGGGCACUUUACGGAGAAGAGGGCAGCGCUGUUAAUGAGGCAGGUCUUCUCUGCUGUGAAUUAUUUGCAUUCAAAUCACAUCAUGCACAGGGAUUUGAAGCCAGAAAACUUUCUCUUCUUGAGUCCAGCAAGAGACAGCCCUCUGAAAAUCAUCGACUUCGGUCUUUCCUGCCGAUUCAAGCCGGGAGAGUUCGUAUCAACCAAGGCGGGCACGCCUUACUACGUGGCGCCUCAGGUACUGGAGGGCCGCUAUGACUACCGCUGCGACGCGUGGAGUUUGGGAGUUAUUUUGUACAUUUUGUUGUGCGGGUUCCCCCCGUUUUACGGUGACACAGAUGCAGAAGUCUUGGCACAGGUCAAGGCAGGGGCUUACUCAUUUGCGGGUCCCGAAUGGCGACGGGUGUCAGAUGAGGGAAAAGACCUCAUCCGGAAACUCCUGAAAAUCAACCCAGAUGAACGCUUGUCUGUCGAAGAGGCGCUACACCAUCCAUGGAUUAUGAGCUUAGCUCAAAGCAGCCAAAACAUCCCUCUCCCUGUAACGCUCAUGGCAAACCUAAAGGGUUUCCGAGCCCAGAACCGUUUAAAAAAAGCGGCGUUAACGGUCAUAGCGCAGCACAUGACCGACUCAGAUAUAGACCAUCUUCGCAAAAUUUUCGUUUCUCUCGAUGUUGACAACUCCGGCACUCUUUCUGUUCAGGAAGUGGCAGAAGGACUGAAAAGAUUGGGCUGGAGGGAAAUCCCAGCAGACCUGCAGGCAAUCAUGGAGGAGGUUGACUCCGACAAAUCGGGGCAUAUCGAUUAUACAGAGUUUAUUGCAGCGACGAUGGACCGAAAGUUGUACAUGAAGGAGGAUGUCUGCUGGGCGGCCUUCCGCGUAUUCGACUUGGAUGGAAACGGUAAAAUUUCUCAAGAUGAACUGCGGCAAGUCUUGGGCAUGCCGAAUGUACAGGGAGCUGUCGGUCAAGAAACAAUUUCUGCUUUGUUGAAAGAAGUUGACCUAAACGGUGACGGAGAGAUCGACUUUGAGGAGUUUAUGCACAUGAUGAGGAAACGAACGCCUGGAGAGAUCCAGAGGGAAAGGGACGCGAAGCGGAAAUCGGGGAAGAUAUGA